UAUGCACACUCAUUAGUCGUUCCUCACACGGCAUGACCAUUUUAUAGCAAAGGAUCCAUGCGGCCUGCGCCCACUCUCUCACCCACUAUAUUCGCCUUCCACGCACCUCAUAACCCCACAGAACACCGUCUCUUACUUUCUCCCAAACGCCUAGCUCCGCCGUCCCGAAUCCCAAUCCCCCGCCGGCCGGCCGCGAUCAACAAACAUGUCGGAGAAGGAGUGCGACCACCACAAGGGCAAGUACGGCAGGCUCGUCCGCGGAUUCCUCGCCGGACUCCUGAUCUUGCUCUUCAUCCUCCUGGUCGUGUUUCUCAUAACAUGGGCCGUCCUCCAGCCUAAGAAGCCCCAGUUCGUGCUCCAGGACGCCACCGUCUACGCCCUGAACGUCUCCGCUCCCAACUUCGUCUCCUCCACCAUCUCCCUCACCAUCUCCUCCCGAAACCCCAACGACAACAUCGGCAUCUACUACGACAAGCUCGACGUCUACGCUACCUACCAGGACCAGCAGAUCACCUACUACACCGCCAUCCCGCCCACGUAUCAGGGUCACCAUGACGUCAACGUCUGGUCGCCGUACAUAGUCGGAACCAACGUCCCGGUGGCGCCGUACAACGGACUCUCCCUAAACCAGGACACUGCAGACGGAUCAAUAGUGUUGUUCAUCAAAAUCGACGGCCGCGUGCGGUGGAAGGUCGGAACGAUCACCACCGGCGACUACCACUUCGACGUCACCUGUCCGGCGUUCAUCACGUUCGGUAGCCAGAGCACGGGGAUCACCGUCGGCAAUGCAAUUAAGUACCAGCUGGUCCAGAGUUGCAGCGUCAGCGUGUGAUAUGGCGGGGACCCAGUAACCUACGUUGAUAUAUUGUUAAUUCCUAUCUCUUAAUGCCGUUGUAUUUCGCAAGUUGGUUCAGGACAUCCGUCAUAAAAAAAAAAUUGCAGUCGUAGUUUUUCAUUUACAUUUUUGGCUUCUUUUUUUGAUGGUAUAGGUGCUGUAUUUGUAAAUUUUGCUAAUGAACAAAAAAAGAAGAGAGACAGAGAUAGCAAAAUUGCAAUAUUCUGAUUUAAGUUAUAAAAAAUAUUGCUUUGGAAUA